UCGUGAACGGAUCGGCGGCCGGCAACAUGGCGCCGCUGCUGCUGCUGGUGGUGGGUGGCGCGCUGGCCGCGGUGACGCGCGCCGCACCGGAGGACUGCGGUCUGCCCAAGGCGCGCGGCUCCUGCAACCAGUUCGCCGUGCGCUACUACUACGAUACAGAGUACGGCGGCUGCCUGCGCUUCUGGUACGGCGGCUGUGAUGGCAACGGUAACCGAUUCGCCACGGAGUCCGAGUGCGAGCGCUCGUGCGUGGAGCCGUCCGGUGACGCGCUGUGUCGUCUGCCGGCAGUGCGCGGCGCCUGUAAGCGGGCGCACACGCGCUGGUACAGCGACCCGGCCUCGGGCGGCUGCCGUCAGUUCACCUACAGCGGCUGCCUCGGCAACGCCAACCGGUUCGAGUCGGAGGCCGAGUGCCAGCAGCGCUGCGGCCGCGUCUCGCCCGACUCCGGUACCGGCGGCAGCGGCGGCGGCACUGGCGGCGUGGUGCCCCAGCCCGGCCCCGCCGACUGCCUCCUCCCCGACCGGGUGGCCGGCGGAUGCAGCGAGUACGUGAUCCGCUACUCGUACGUGGCCGCGCGCCAGCAGUGCGCCCCAUUCUACUACGGCGGCUGCGGCGGCAACGGUAACCGCUUCAACUCGGCCGAGACGUGCCGAGCCGCCUGCGUCAAGCCGCCGCCGACCCGGCCGCCCUACUACGCCCCGCCCAGGGAGCGGGAGGGACAGCCGGGCGGCUCUCAGACUGACUACGGCAGGGCGGAACGGCCUGACUACGAGCGACGUGACUACGGCAGGGAGGAGCGACCCGACUACAGGGGACCUGACUACGGCAGGGAGGAGCGACCCGACUACAGGCGACCUGACUAUGGUAGGGAGGAGCAGCCAGAGCCGACCGAAGCGCCGGCGCCCAUCACCGAGCCGCCGCAGCCGGCGGGCGACCCGUGCUCCCUCUCUGCCGACCCGGGCCGCUGCCGGGCGUACAUGCCCAGCUACUACUUCAACUCAGCGCGCGGCGGCUGCGAGCGGUUCAUCUACGGCGGAUGCGGCGGUAAUGACAACCGGUUCACAUCGCUGGCCGAGUGUGAACAGCGCUGCGGCGGGGCGGGGAGACCUUCACAGGGAGUCGAAGGAAGAAGCUCUCAUGGAGACGAGGACAGCGAGCACGACAUGCCUCACCGCGGCGGGGAUGUGCGGGAGCCGUACCAGGCCACCGACGCUCCCCAGCCGCCCGCCCUGCCAGACACAGCCGCUCCUGACACCGCUCCGGAGACCGAGACGGAGGAGCCGGAGUUGACCGAGGCGCCGGAGCCGGCCACCGACAUCUGCUCGCAGCCGGCCGACCCGGGCCCGUGCCGCGGCUACGAGCCCAACUUCUACUACAGCGCCCGGCUCGGCCAGUGCACCCGGUUCAUCUACGGCGGCUGCGGCGGCAACGACAACCGCUUCACGUCGGCCGCGCAGUGCGAGCGCCAGUGCGGCGGCGGCGGCGGAGGGUGGGGGCCCGAGGUGCAGCCCACAGAGUCGCCCCUGCCCAGCACAGCCGAGCCCACCGAGCAGCCCGACGCGUACAUCCCGCUGUCGACGGGCGCCGAGCCGCCAGCCGACGUCUGUCAACUUCCCCCGACGGCCGGUCCGUGCGACCAGCGGCUGCAGCGGUACUACUUCAACGCGGCGCUCACCAUGUGCUUCACCUUCACCUACAGCGGCUGCGGCGGCAACGGCAACCGGUUCGAGUCAGCGGCCGAGUGCACCGCCCGCUGCCGGCCCGGCGCCGCGCCCGAGCCCACGUUCGCGCCGUUCGUACCCAUCGACUACAACUCCAUCGGCGGCGGUGUGGAGACCACCAGCUCGACAACGGACGACUACGGGCGCUACGACUACAGCCAGUAUGGCGGCAGCAUCGACACCGAUACGCCAUUCCCCGACAACUACUACGAGAACUAUGCGGACUACGCAGACUACGAGGACUACGAAUACAAGUAGAUGCCGGACCUGGGACUGCGGGGCGCGCUCAGGAACUGCAGAGCGGUCUCUGAGGCUCUAAAAGAGGACAGCGCUUAGGUCAAGGCAUCGUGUCCACGCUCAGUUGAAGUGUGAAGGGGCGAUGAGAAGGCUAAGGUGAAGGGAUGAUGGUUCCUGGGUCGAUAGGACUGGCUGGGCGGGAUUCUCAAUCGCCAGCUGAUGUAUAGAAGAUCUGCGCUCAAAGAAUAACUUGACCCUCAUCACUGCCAUAGUGAACUAAUACACACUGCCUCGAGGAGAAUAUGCAUGACCUACGUUGUGAUUUACCAGUGUCGACGUGCUUAGUUUUGGCUUUGCGGAGCGUGCGCCAGUUAAGAGCCUGGUUACGAAUGUGUUCGGCGUUCAAAUGUCCGAUCGAACUUGCAAAGAAAAUACAACAAAUGACAAUC